UUUAUGAUGAUUUUCAUAAAUGGUGACAAUUCUUCAUGGACUUUAGUCAUAGUUACACUGAUUAAUAAAACUAUAUUCUUAUGAUGUAAAAUCACGUACGGUCUGCUGAAAAUUCAUGCGGAUAUUACGAAAACCCAUUACUGAUUAUAUAUAUAAUAAUUUAAUGAACUUAGACCCUAACCAAAUGAUCUUAAUGAAAUUGCAUUCAUGAGCCAAAGAUAAAUGGAAUUAAUAUUCACAGUGGACUCUAUAUAGGAAAUAUUGAUUAUGCUAAAGAUCAAUAUUUACUAUACAAAUUAUAUAUUCAGACUGCAUUAAAUAUAAUUGAUUUUCCUCAAGUAAAUUUAUGUUAUAAUUACUUACAUUUCAAAAUAUCAUUUCUUGAUUCAGAGUUUAAAUCAUUACUUGAUCAUUUUUCCUAUGUGUUCAAUUUUUUUGAUGAAAAUAGAAAUAUAAACAAAUGUUAUGGUACAUGCUAUUCUCGAAUUUCUAUAAAUUCUACUAUUUUUUUAGCUUAAUUAAUGUAAUAUUUUAAAAGGAAUUUCAUUCUUCUAACUAAAUAUUAUGGUGUUUAAGAAAAUAGAUUUUAUCUAAUGAAGGGUUUAUUAAAUUAUUAAGAGUUUAUGAAUAAUUUAUAAAAAAAGUAAAUUAGAUAGAGAAUUCUGAUUAUAAGAAUGUCAAUAAGAAUUUAUAAUAUGAAACUAAAACAAAUUAGUUUUUAAAAUAAAUUGAAUUAGAAAUUGAAGAAAGAAAAAAGAAUUUAGAAAUACUAAAACAAAAAUACUAAUAAAUUUAGAAUACUAAAUUGAUAUCUCAUUAAUCUAAAAUUGUUUUGUGA